AGGAGGAGAGGAGGAGGAGCGAGCCGGGUUUGGGGGGCGGCUGCACAGUCUGGGAUCCCCCGGGCCUGGAGGGGGGUCUGCGCGCGGCCGGCCGGCUCUGCCACCCCCCGCAACGUCUCCCCCUGUCCGGUCCCUAGCCGGCCUCCUUUCGGGCCAGCCUGAUGUGACGGGGCCCAGCGGAGCCUGAGCGAGGAGCGGGCCCGCCGCGGAGCCGGAGGGCGGGAGGAACAUGACAUCGCGGAGGUGGUUUCACCCCAACAUUACUGGUGUGGAGGCAGAAAAUCUACUGUUGACCAGAGGAGUUGAUGGCAGCUUUUUGGCAAGGCCCAGUAAAAGUAACCCUGGAGACUUCACACUUUCUGUUAGAAGAAAUGGAGCUGUUACCCACAUCAAGAUUCAGAACACGGGGGACUACUAUGACCUAUAUGGAGGGGAGAAGUUUGCCACCCUGGCUGAGCUGGUUCAGUACUACAUGGAGCAUCAUGGGCAGCUGAAAGAGAAAAAUGGAGAUGUGAUCGAGCUCAAGUACCCACUGAACUGUGCAGAUCCUACCUCUGAACGGUGGUUUCAUGGUCACCUCUCUGGAAAAGAAGCAGAGAAACUGCUGACUGAGAAAGGAAAGCAUGGCAGCUUUCUUGUACGGGAGAGCCAGAGCCACCCCGGGGAUUUUGUUCUCUCCGUGCGCACCGGUGACGACAAGGGAGAGAGCAAUGAUGGCAAGUCUAAAGUGACCCAUGUCAUGAUUCGCUGCCAGGAGCUGAAAUAUGACGUUGGUGGAGGAGAACGGUUCGAUUCUUUGACAGAUCUGGUGGAGCAUUAUAAGAAGAAUCCUAUGGUGGAGACGUUGGGCACAGUUCUACAACUCAAACAGCCUCUCAACACGACUCGGAUUAAUGCUGCCGAAAUAGAAAGCCGGGUUCGAGAAUUGAGCAAGUUGGCCGAGACCACAGAUAAAGUCAAGCAAGGCUUUUGGGAAGAGUUUGAGACACUACAACAACAGGAAUGCAAACUUCUCUACAGCCGAAAAGAGGGUCAAAGACAAGAAAAUAAGAACAAAAACAGAUAUAAAAACAUCCUGCCCUUCGAUCAUACCAGGGUAGUCCUGCACGAUGGGGACCCUAACGAGCCUGUUUCUGAUUACAUCAACGCAAACAUCAUCAUGCCUGAAUUUGAAACCAAGUGCAACAAUUCAAAGCCCAAAAAGAGUUACAUUGCCACUCAAGGCUGCCUGCAGAACACAGUGAAUGACUUCUGGCGGAUGGUGUUCCAGGAGAACUCCCGGGUGAUCGUCAUGACGACAAAGGAGGUGGAGAGGGGGAAGAGCAAAUGUGUCAAGUACUGGCCGGACGAGUAUGCACUCAAAGAGUACGGGGUCAUGCGCGUCCGGAACGUCAAAGAAAGUGCGGCUCAUGACUACACACUAAGAGAACUCAAGCUCUCGAAGGUUGGACAAGCUCUACUCCAGGGGAAUACGGAGAGAACGGUCUGGCAAUACCACUUUCGGACCUGGCCGGACCACGGCGUGCCCAGUGACCCUGGGGGUGUGCUGGACUUCCUGGAGGAGGUCCACCACAAGCAGGAGAGCAUCAUGGAUGCAGGCCCUGUCGUGGUUCACUGCAGUGCUGGAAUUGGCCGGACGGGAACAUUCAUUGUGAUCGACAUCCUUAUCGACAUCAUCAGAGAGAAAGGUGUCGACUGUGACAUUGACGUUCCCAAAACCAUUCAGAUGGUGCGGUCCCAGAGGUCAGGGAUGGUCCAGACAGAAGCACAAUAUCGGUUCAUUUACAUGGCCGUCCAGCAUUAUAUUGAAACACUACAGCGCAGGAUUGAAGAAGAGCAGAAAAGCAAGCGGAAAGGGCACGAGUACACCAAUAUUAAGUAUUCCCUAACGGACCAGACAGGGGGUGACCAGAGCCCCCUUCCACCCUGCACCCCGACACCACCGAGUGCCGACAUGAGGGAGGACAGUGCUCGGGUCUACGAGAACGUGGGCCUGAUGCAGCAGCAGAAGAGCUUCCGGUGAGGGCACUGCGGCACUCCAGCACAGAAAUAGAUGUGGACAUUGAUCCCUCCCUCACCAAGGUCAAGAACAGAUGCAGGAAAGUUUACAGAAGAACGAACUGGAAGGCUUGCAUGGUGGUUGACUACUUUUUGCUAAGAAAAUUUGACACCAUUCAAAGACCACUGUAUUCUAACUCGGAAGUUCCUGUCCUCAGAUAACGAAGAAAUCAUCUCUACAAUGUAGACAGUGUUCUAUUUUAUAGAAUUCUGCUUUGAAUUGAGGAAGCAGUUAAAUUGUGCUCCUAUUUUACAGAUUAUGGGAUUCAGAGUCUAGCUGUGGGCAGUUUUUUGUGGGUUUUUUUUUCUUUUCUUUUUAUAACUUUAAUUGACUUGACUCCCCCCCCCCCCCUUUUUUUUUUCUGUGAGGAUCAUGGGACAUUUGUAAGAAGAAAUGGCUUGGGGAAGUUAAGUAGCAGCAUCCCUGGGAAAUGAGAACAAUUCUGUUCACCAUCACUGCCAUCUUACUCUGGCUUGUGUUGUUGAACGGAACACUACAAAACAGCCUGGAUCAAUUAUGACGAAGUUGCAGGGUCUGGGAAGCCACACUCUGCUAUGUGUAACAGAGCAGAGGGUGCUGCAGGGUCACAGGGAGCAGGAGGGGGCUGAAAGCCCUCUUGUGGAUGAACCCUCAUCACCCUACAGUCCCCCACCUCUGCAAGCAUUGCAUUAGGGAGUGAGUUUCUAGGAAUCAUGUUUCGGGGACACAGCCAAAGCAGGUAUCCAGUCAGUAGUGGAUAUUCACUUUGGUGGCUUUUUUUUAACCCCCCCUACCUAAAUGAGCAUUAAGCCAAUAUCUGAGAUUGUCACAAGUUGUUUAUCUUUGCAUUGCUAUUAAAUAGUCACAGGAAUGAGUUGGUGGGGGGGGGGGGUCAUGGCUCAGGCAACAAUACACCAGCCUAGUAAACAAGAGGCCACAUGAGUUCAAACUGUAGUACCCCCUUCCCCCCAAAAAAGGAUGAAUUAAAAAGUCAUGAGAAACAAACUUAUGAAUUAGGAUGAGAUGGAUUUUUCUCUUAGCAGAUGGCCAGUUGCCAAUAGCUGUUGGCAGAGAAAGUGGUGAGUGGACAACAGUUGCUCUGUCUUUGUGUUUGGCAUAAUUGUCUUGUAUUUAGAGCAAAGGAGGUAUCAUGAAAUGUCAGUGAUGUCUCUCCCACCUUGGUCUGAGCUGGGUCAGUUGGGUCAGUCUGCAGGUUGUAUAGCUGGUCACUUAGGUGGUUGUUAGGGCACCUGAGAUGCUGGCAUGGCUGGGCUUCUGGCUUUCUGUGUGGACUCUUCAGAGUUUCUUUUCUGUGUGAUCUCUGGUGGCCUCAACAACGGCAUCUCAGAGCUCCAGGAGCUCAAAGGUGGCAGUGACCAGGCUUUCUUUAGACACUAUCCUGUGGCUUGUGAAUGUGCCCUCAGAUGAGACAAUUCAGACCCACCCAAUUCAAGAAGAGGGGGCCAGUGCUGGUGGCCUUCACUGGAGGCCUCCUGUCCAUCAGAGGCCGUGGUGACCUGGGGAAACUGAGGCUGCUAACAUUCGCUGGCAGAGGCAUCGAUCAGAUGAAAGUCACCAAGGGCCUUCAAGAAGCUUCUGAGCAAUCCUGCCAGCAACUUGCACAUCUGCUGAACCAACAGAGUAUGGGAGACAGAGCAUUCGAUGGCAGAGCCCACCUCCGGUGACACCUGCCGAGCCUGGCACGCCGGAGCCGUCCUGUCACGUUGCUGUUGGGUCCGGCUCCUGUCACAUGCAACCUGCAGUGGGCUUGGGAAUGCUCUGCCCUAAGUGCCUUCUCCCAAGCCCUCGUGCUGCCUCUCUUGUGGUGGUGGCUACCAGUGAGGGCAGCUCAGUAGACUGUCUGCUCCUGCGGGGAAGUCCUGCAGCAAGUCUGGCUCUCCUUCACACUGUCUUCUUGCUCUGGCUCCUGAAAGGAAGGAUGAGAUGUCCCCCUCACCCAACAGAGGUUCCUUUCUGGAACGCUGAGGAACUUCAGGCUGUGCAGUAGCCUCCCUCGAUCCCCUCACUUCUCCCAUGCCCCUUGCUUCAGAGCUAAGUGCCACCGUACUGGGGCUGUGGUGACCGGUUGUUGUUUUUUUUCCUGUCACUGUACUGGGGGUAUAAUGCCAGCUGUUUCCCUGUCAAGCCUGUAGAGAAGGAGAUUCCACUCUGUGUGUACACAGGAUCGUGAGUCCUGUGCUCCCUGCCCUGUCACAUUGGGCUGCUUUGACUGCAACAGCACAGGAAGGGUGGAUUGUAGAAGUAGAGCUGCUGCAUCCACAUGUUGGCCCAUAGUUGACUCGUGGAAAGGCCAGCUUUGACUGCUGUCGUGCACUGGUUUUGCGUGGGUUCCCUCGGUAAAGCCAGCAGGCUGUCACGUUACGUAAGCAGAUCCCAGACCAGGCGGGUGACAUCGCUGGUGGCUGAGUCUGCCUGGUGUUGGGUGGGAGGCUAUUGCAGGUUCUUGGUGAGGUGGUGCUGUAUGUGGUGAUGCAGGUAGGGCUGGGGAGAUAGGGGUGCUUGAGGGGCAGGUGUUAAUCCAGGUUGCUGAGAGGUGGUCUGUGAGAAAGGGAAAGGGCUCAGGGCCAGAGCAGUCAGUACUGGGUGGGGCAGAAACAUAGAUGUGACACAGCCAACCUACAUUGGGCUUGUUGGUGGACAUUAAAAAUGCACAAUAUGCCAUAGCUGGCUGAACAUCUUAAAAUUAGAAGCAUAGGAUUUUAUAUUGGGUGAAAUAAAUUUACUGGCACAUGAUAGUGAGCUUUUAGAAAAUCAAAUUUAGGACUCUUCAAUUUUUUUUUUAAUAAGAAAGUGAUCUCAGCUGCAUGGGAGGCUGCGAUCAGGAGGAUUGAGGUUUCAGCAUCGCCUGGGCAAAAAGGAAGCAGGCGUGGGAAAGCUGAGUGUGGCCUGUGCCCAUCACUGCAGCAGGGCAAGGCGAGCAAGUAGGAUCGAAGGCUGGCCUGGGCAAAAAGCAUCAACACGAAAGGACUAGGGCAUGGCAGCAGCGGUAGAGUGCCUGCUUAGCAAGCGUGAGAUGCCGGGUCAGAUGCCAGCACUGCCAGAAAGUAAAAUAAUCAGCUCAAUAAAGUGAAACUCAGCCAGCAGGCCCCUUGUGCCUAGGGUGUGGCCUCUCGUCACAACCAGUGUACCUUUGACACUGGGAUGGGCUAUGCAAAGGGCUGUCUGGGCUCCUCUGCUUCCUCAGCCAAGAAAACGGUCCAGAUUUUUUUUAGAGAUUAUUUUACUGGGGAUUUUAAGAACUACUAUUUGAAGAACUACUAUAGUUCUUGGGUUAUUUCUAGGUCAAGGGAUUAUGGGAAAGUAUGCAGCUAUUAGGUAUUUGUUGUAGAUUAGUAAGCCAGAAGGGAGGGGGUGGAGAUGGAAACCCGGCCCAGGGCAGGUCUGUCUUCUGUCUGUGGUGGGGGUGAGGAUUUUACACAGCAAGCACACGGCCUCCCUGAUUUCAAGAAGCUUUUCUUAGGUUCUGUGUUAGCCCUUAGUUCUGUUGAAACAUUUUUCCUUCUUCCUCUUGAAAAGUAAGUCCCAAAAUAGAGUUUAUUGUAUCUUUCAUCACUAAAGUUUCUCCCUUUUUCCCUAUGGGUAAGUUCACACAAAGCCAAAAUAUAAAGCAGUGGGUUUUACUAUGUCAUAUAACUUUGCUAUAUAUCCAACUCAUUUUUACAAGUUUUCAUCCUAAACCUCAGAUCAUGUAAUUAAUAAUUUGCCUGUUUAUUUAUGACCUAAUUGUGGUUCUUUUAUUAAUAAAAGCUAAUGGGAAAGGAUCCUCUAUUAAGCUGAUGACUAGACCUACAUUUAAUUUCCCUGCAGUGUAUGAAAUAUUGUACCAGAGUAUUAAAAGAUAUGUAAUAUUUUAUUGAUAAAUCUAUCCCUUAAAAGGAUUAUGUUUUAGGAUGUCAUCAUUUUGAUGUGAAUUAUGUAAAUGUUGAUUAUAAUGCUGUUGGCUAUACAUUUAGUGUUUCAAGAGAUUCACUUACUUGCCUUUUUUUGCCAACAUAUAGUAAGUACGUAGUCUAUUUGCAAUUGUUUUUUAAUGACAUUAAAAGAAUAGUUUAUGUAGAGAAAUAUGAGUGGCUGUUACUCGGCUUGUCUGCUGGGUGAUGGGUGUUAGGUCUAUGCUUUGGUAGCUGCAAAGCUGUCAAAUAUAUUUGCAAAUUGUAUGGAACUCAAAAUUAGGAAUAAACCCAUUUUCUUAUGA